GCCCCGCCCCUUCCCCUGCCGGCCCCGCCCCACAGCGCGGCCGCUGAGGCCCGCGGCUCCGCCCUGUGGCUGCGCUUGUCUAUAAAGUUGUUGUUGAGGUGGCGCGGCGCUAAGAUGGCGGCGGCGGCGGCGGCAGCCGUGGCGGGGGUGGGGCGCGGCGGCGGUGGCGCGGAGCCCCGGCAGGAGCGGAGCCGGGCCCGGGGCUGGGCCGGCGUCGAACGCAGCGAAGGCCGGAGCGGAUCUACGGGACAGGAGCAGUUGUUAUCACAUUGUAAAGAUGAGGCAACUGAGGCGCAUCGACACAGGAUGGAACCAGGUGAGGAGCUGGAAGAGGAGGACUCUCCAGGUGGCCGUGAGGAUGGCUUCACCGCUGAGCACCUGGCUGCAGAGGCCAUGGCAGCUGACAUGGACCCCUGGCUAGUGUUUGAUGCCCGCACAGCGCUUGCCACUGAGCUGGAUGCCUGGCUGGCCAAGUACCCACCAUCCCAAGUUACCCGCUAUGGGGACCCCGGUUCACCCAACUCAGAGCCUGUGGGCUGGAUUGCAGUGUAUGGGCAGGGCUACAGCCCCAACUCCGGGGACGUGCAGGGCCUGCAGGCAGCCUGGGAAGCUCUGCAGACCAGUGGGCGGCCCAUCACACCGGGUACCCUGCGCCAGCUCGCCAUCACCCACCACGUGCUCUCGGGCAAGUGGCUUAUGCAUCUGGCACCGGGCUUCAAGCUGGACCACGCCUGGGCUGGCAUUGCCCGGGCCGUGGUUGAAGGCCGGCUUCAGGUGGCCAAGGUGAGCCCACGGGCCAAGGAGGGUGGGCGCCAGGUCAUCUGUGUUUACACGGACGACUUCACGGACCGCUUGGGUGUACUGGAGGCAGAUUCAGCCAUCCGUGCAGCGGGCAUUAAGUGUCUGCUCACCUACAAGCCUGAUGUCUACACCUACCUGGGCAUCUACCGGGCCAAUCGCUGGCACCUCUGCCCCACUCUCUAUGAGAGCCGUUUCCAGCUUGGGGGCAGUGCCCGUGGCUCCCGAGUGCUUGACCGUGCCAACAACGUGGAACUGACCUAGAGGGGCCAAAUUGGGGAGACUGCCCUCUCCCCACUCCGUGCUGGGGAUGGAUCCUCCUGUCUUCCUCCUUGUCCCAUGAAGGCCACACCCCCCAGCUCUGGGGACUCCUAGGUCACUUGGGAACUACCUGCAUCUUCAGUCCCCUUGAACUUCUGCCCUCUGUUCAGGGCUGACACAAGCCCCACAGGCUGGGGGGCUCCGGUUCCCUGAGGGAUGAGCCUUCAGCUUCCUUUUGUAAUGCUGCUCCCCUCCACUGUCCAGGACCAUGAGUUGGGUGCAGACACCUAGGAGGAGAGACUUCCUUGGAACGCUCAUCCCCGGCUAUACCUCCCCUUCCUCCUGCAUCUCCCCUUCUUUCCUUCCCCCUCAGGAGGGAGAAAACUUAGUGCUUCCAGCCCCUUUUGGCGCCUUCAUGGUCCAGGGGUAGGGGCCCCACUGGCCUGAGCAUGCCAUUUUGAGGGGAGGGUAGUCGUGCCUACUUGUCCCCUGGCAGUGGGGAUGCCAGGACCAUGGACAUGAGGCCUGCCCAUCCCUGCCAACUCACACAGCCUGUACCACCGUCCCCCCUUCCUUGGCUACUUUGACAUGUGCCCGCUCCUGGCAUUUCAAUAAAACCCGGCUUGGGUCUGUGUCUUGAGUGUUUUUUAAAA